AAAAUCAAACAUUGACAAUUUAACAUAUGUUAAGUAGUAAUGAAGUUGUGUUUCACACACUUUUAUCACACUAAAUCGUUUUCGCCUCAUAGCUGAUAGAUUUGAUUUUAAAAAUUUGUGAAAAGUUUAAUAUAUUAAAGAAUUAAAGGAUGUCUCGUGGACGAUGCCUUCUUGGAGGAUUUAUCUUAAUGCUCUCAGCAGGGUACAUGUGUGUGCCAUUAAGGAGAGAUCUGUUUGACAUCGAUUGUGACAAGGAUUUGAACUGUACGGACGUGGAGAAGCUUGUGUGUGGCUCUGAUGGUGUAACAUACACGAACCUGUGUUACCUAGAAGUGGAAACCCAAAGACAAAAUUGCGUGAUCGGGAAUUUCAAUCCGAUAGUUGUUGUCAAGGACGGAAACUGUACGGAAGAUGGAGAUGGCGUUCGUAUCGAUAACACCAUGAUCAUCUAUAAUAAUUCACCUUAAGAGCUUGCUUGGUGGUGCCGCUAUCCGACGCAAUGUGAAUGAAGAUUUUAGCUAGUGAAUCUCCUACAACCGACAUAAACGCAUGAACAACAGUUCUCUGCUCUUGAAUAGGAUAUACGAGGAAUUUUCUGUUCCGGAAAUAAUUUUCUAAAUUAUUUUGCCUACAAGUGUUGUACAUAAAGUAUAAUACCCAAAGCAAUGAUAAAUACAAUUUAGAAAAAGACUGUUACAACCUUAUAAGUCAGUGUAUCUGCCUGUGCACUUUAUGUAAAAAUGUACUUAUUACUUAUAUACAUUUUGUAAAUAAAAAAAUGAUUGAUAUUUUCCUAAA